CCUGUACUGUGUCCGCAGUCUCUGGUCAUCUCCUGUACUAUGUCCGCAGUCUCUGGUCAUCCCCUGUACUAUGUCUGCAGUCUCUGGUCAUCUCCUGUACUAUGUCCGCAGUCUCUGGACAUCUCCUGUACUAUAUCCGCAGUCUCUGGUCAUCUCCUGUACUGUGUCCGCAGUCUCUGGUCAUCUCCUGUACUAUGUCCGCAGUCUCUGGUCAUCUCCUGUACUAUGUCCGCAGUCUCUGGUCAUCUCCUGUACUAUGUUCGCAGUCUCUGGUCAUCUCCUGUACCAUGUCCGCAGUCUCUGGUCAUCUCCAGUACCGUGUCCGCAGUCUCUGGUCAUCUCCUGUACUAUGUCCGCAGUCUCUGGUCAUCUCCUGUAGCAUGUCUGCAGUCUCUGGUCAUCUUUUGUACUAUGUCUGCAGUCCCUGGUCAUCUCCUGUAUAUGUCCACAGUCUCUGGUCAUCUC